AUGGAUGCGGCAUCGAAUGCGGCCAUCCCGCAGACAGAGCUUGUUCCUCCCGGUUUCAAGCCCCAAGAGAUUUCGUUUGCACUUCCAAAAGCACUUCAUACCACAGCACAUAUUCAUUUGACGGCCUUGGAGCGCUGCGCGACGGUCUUCAUCACAACCUCAACUCCUGGAGACUCGGCAGGGUCCUUCAAGCCUCUGGGCAGCUUCGUCUAUGCGAUGCCCGAUCGAACACACUCAAAAUCUACCAUUUCCACAACACUCUACACCGUUCCAUCCAGUAUUGAGUACACAACCCGUGUGGCUAAAAUCAUUGCCCGCCGUAUUGACAAACCUGUCUAUGUCGGAUGUAGUAUCGACCCCAACGGGCUUGGCCUCACAGUGGAGGAGGAAAUGGAAGGACUCAAGAAGAUAGUCGAUGUCAUCGCAGAGAGAUAUACUUCCGGAAGAAAGCAAUAA